AUGAUACUUAUAUUAUAUUCGUGUUAUGCAGCUAGCAUUCCCAACAAUUACGAUCCUCGGUUUACCGACGAUACGAUUAUAGCGCCAAAGAAGAGGCCAUUUUGCAAUGCAUUUACAGGUUGUGGCCGCAAGAGGUCUCAAUUACCACCAGGCAUGCCAGUUCAGGAGAUGAUGAGACAAAGACAGUUUGAAGAGGAUAUGGGCUACGACACGGACAACGCAAUAGAAGAGCUUUCCCGCCAAAUUCUUUCGGAGGCUAAACUUUGGGAGGCAAUUCAAGAGGCGAGCGCGCAAAUUGCCAGGCGAAAGCAGAAGGAAGCUCUCAUGUAA